AUCCCCUUUAGCAUAUUCAGCACUGUCAACCAGACUAUAAGACAUCACCAGUAUCAUUUUCAAAAUGUCUGAGCAAGAUCAAAUUGCAGAAGAUACGACGAGCGACGAGUCGACAGAGAAACAAGCAUCAGAAGAGCAAUCGACGAGUUCAGUGUCGGAGAGCAGCACUCCUGCACAGCUUACAGUCUCGUCCGCAAGAGGUAGUUCGGUGUCUCUAGAAAGAGGAGUCAGUAAUGACGGAGAGCUAUUUGAGGAUGCACUAUCUGAUGUGCAGGGCGUGUCCACUGGUAGAAGCUCUGCAUCCGAGGCAAUUGUUGAUAGCCUAAACCACACCACGAGCAGCGACGACAAGUCACAACAAUCGUCUGACGAAAUAGCAGCCGACCAAGAGACAGAAUACAGCCCAUCACCAGAACCGGAGUCGGAGCAAAGAUUACAAUCUGCUGCAGCUGCAAGAGCAGCCAAAGCUAGAGAGGCGGCCAAAGGAAAAGAUACAUCAAGUCCGGUUGCUGUACUGCAGACGCGUGGUCUCCAAGACGAGAUCCAAAGUAUCAUAGAUAACCUGAACAAGGAAUACGCGAAAUCAUCGAGCGAACUGGAAUCAAGAAUGGACAGCAUGCAAAAACGGAUGGACGAGUUAGAAAAGAAAAUAAGUUCAUGAUGAAUAGUCGCAAACUACAAAGUACAAUACGAUUAGAUAAUGACAGGCUGAGGAAGGAGCAGAACGAUCACCAAGACGAGUAUAUUGCUGUAGACGUCAACUACAUUGUUACAAAACAGGAGU